AUGCAAGUAACUAAUGUUAAUGAUGUUCGUGUUUAUAAUUUAACAUGUGGUCAAAAAGCAAUACCAGAAUGGAUUAAUGAUGAUAAAAGAAAAAAAUUAAAGAAAGAAGCUGAUGUAAAACAACGAAUUGAACUUAUACAGGGUUUUGAAAUGCCAAUGUUAAGUAGUUCAAUAACUAUGACACGUGAUGGACAAUAUAUUUUUGUGACUGGUGCUUAUAAACCACGUGUACGUUGUUAUGAUGUUAAUGAAUUAUCAUUAAAAUUUGAACGAUGUUUUGAUCAUGAAUGUAUACAAAUGAAAGUUCUAUCAGAAGAUUAUUCAAAAGUUGUAUUUAUGCAUGCUAAUCGUUAUAUUGAAUUUCAUUCUCAAGUUGGAAAUUAUCAUACAAUUCGAACACCAAAACAAGGACGAGAUUUUGAUUUUCGUUAUUCAUCUUGCGAUCUUUAUUCUGUUGGAGCAACAGAUGAAAUUUAUCGAUUUAAUCUUGAGCAAGGUCAAUUUCUUGAACCAAUACAAAGCAAAUCAACUGGGUUUAAUGCGUGUCAGUUUAAUCCUGAACAUGAAUUAUUUGCUUGUGGUUCUGUUGAAGGUCAUCUAGAAUGUUAUGAUCCUCGUGCACGAGCAAUUGCUGGACAAAUUGAUUGUGCUGUCUAUGCAAAUAGUAAUAGUGGUAGCAGUUUACCAGCUGUAUCAUGUGUUAAAUUUAAAGAUGCACUUAAUUUAGCUGUUGGUAUGAGUACUGGUGAAAUAUUAUUAUUUGAUAUUCGUUCGGACAAACCAUAUUUUAUUAAAGAUCAUAAUUAUAAUUUACCAAUAAAACGUAUUGAUUUUCAUGCACAAAAUGAUGAUUAUAUUUUAUCAAUUGAUAGAAAAAUAUGUAAAAUAUGGAAUCGACAUACGGGUAAAAAUUUAACAUCUAUCGAACUUGGUAUACCACUCAAUGAUAUGCUCAAUGUACCUGGCAGUGGUCUAAUAUGUUUAACGAAUGAUUCACCUAAAAUAUCUGUUUAUUACAUUCCGACGUUAGGUAAUGCACCAAAAUGGUGUACAUUUCUUGAUAAUAUUACUGAAGAACUUGAAGAAAAACCAGCUGAUACAGUUUAUGAUGAUUAUAAAUUUUUAACAUUAAAAGAACUCGAUACACUUGGUUUAUCUCAUUUAAUUGGUUCAGAUCUAUUGAGAGCUUAUAUGCAUGGUUAUUUUAUGGAUAUUCGACUUUAUAAUCAAGCUAAAACUGUUGCAGAACCAUUUGCAUUUGCUGAAUAUCGAAAGAAGAAAUUACGUGAAAAAAUUGAUCUCAAACGUGAAAAAAGUCGUGUACCAUUACCGAUUGUACCAACAGUUAAUAAAGAUCUUGCUGAAAAACUUUUACAUGAUGAAGGUGAUUUAAGUACAAAGAAGAAGAAGAAACAAAAAACAUCUGACAAUAAAGAACCAGCAUCAUCAGUUCUUAAAGAUACACGAUUUCAAUCGUUAUUUACAAAUCCUGAUAUGCAAAUUGAUGCCAAUCAUGAAGCAUUUAAAAAUAUUGCUCCACUUGUAUCUCGUCUUAAUAAACAAAGUGUCGUUGAAGAUGAUUCAGCAUCGGCUGAUGAAUACCAAGAAGAAAAAGAAGAGAAUAAUGAAGAUGAUGAUAUGAUGGGUGAUAUUCUAACAUCUGAUGAAGAAGAAGAAGAAGAAAGACAAAAAAAACUUACACCUCGUAAAACAAAAUUAGUUCCAGUUGGUGAAAUUAAUGAAGAGGAUCAAGAAAUUCUUCGUUCAUUAUCGUUCAAUGAACGAGCAAAAAGAGCUAGUAAUUCAUCUAAACCUACUUCUACUCAUUUACAUCAUACAAAUGAAAUAAAAGUCAGUGCCAAUGGUAAACGAAGAAAAAUAGAAGAUGACCAUCGAAAAAAUGUUCGACGCGCACCACGUGGUCGAAUGAACAGUCGUCGUAGUGAAACGUAG